GCCUGUGCUGCCAAAUUUGGCUGCCAAAAGCAAUCCAAAGCCGGCCGAGGCAGCCCAUGGGGCGGCUGCCACUGCCCCUCGUCGUAACGCUCGCCGCGGCGGCGCCGUUUCGCAUGGUCUUCAAGCGGCUGCCCAAGGAUUCACCCAUAGACGGCGCGCGUCGGGCGGCGCGCAUUGAGGCCGUGCACCGCCAGCGCGCCAUGUUGAAAGACGAGCACUGCCUCAUCGAUUCAAUAAAUACGACCCUGAAAACGACACGAGAUAUAAUUGAUUGGGGCGGUUCGGACCAAUUGUUUGCCAAAUGGUGGGACGAGCACGUCGUGGACUUCACGCUGUCGUCGGAGAACUGCAAGAGUCGGGACUUUGCGACGUGUCUGGAGGGGCGGUGGCGGAAGGACGGCGUGACUGUCUUAAGAGCAGCAGGCCACUCGCCGUGCAAAGUGGCGCGGAACUUGCAAUAUACUUCAAAUCCAUACAUUUAUGUGAGCGUGGGCGAGAACUGGGGAGCGUUUUCUUCCCACCAUGUCAAUAGGACCGCAAACUGGAACUACUGGACCGACGCCAAAGAAUGUGGAGGUAAAGUUGUCCCUGCGAAACAUAUCAGGGGCAUGAAGGGCUACGGCUACGGUAUGAAAGAUGAAAAUGAACUAAUGAAGUACCACCGUCAGGUGCGCGACUGGCUCGAUUCUCCUCAAUUACGGUUGUUAUUGACUACUCAAAGAACAUCUCAAAUAAGGCACCCGAAGGUCGUACCUCUACCUUUGGGGGUGAGGCACGUCAACGUCGCGUUGCUCAUGAGUCUCAUAGUGGGUGCUGCCCGACCACCACGCAGUAGGUGGCUCCUCAUCAACAAUUCGGGCUGGCAAUUUAGAGCAGCAAUUAAUGAAAUGGUCUCCUCGAAAUUCUCGCCGCCCUUACAAAAUACGUACUGCGCCAAGAAGUCCUGCCCUCUGUUGGAAAAUGGACCGCCCGUCGUCUACAAGGGCCAUACGUUAGAUCAAAAGGCCUACACCGAUUUGGCGCGGUAUCCCUCGGAUCUCGAGGCCUUUUACGAAUUCUCGACGUACGGCCAGAUCCUGACGUCGAAAUUCGUCUUGUGCCCGCCCGGACUAGGACCGGACUCCUACCGCCUCUGGGAGGUCCUGUAUUUGGGUGCUAUUCCGGUGAUCGAACGAACACAAGGAGGGUGGGACGACCUGCUCGUCGAUUUGCCGGUGCUGCUCGUCGAUUCUUACGACGAAAUCACGCCCGAGUUUCUGCGGGAGAAGUACGCAUUUAUACUAGGCAAGUGCGGGACCUUCGACCUGAGACGGCUCACCAAAGCCUACUACCUCCAUUUGAUAAGACGGCAGGGGACGACGCGCCUCGGCGAAGGGACGGCGCGGCCCCACGCUACGAAACGGGACGGCAGCCCCUACGCGCUGCGGCAGGCUUAUCGGUUGGCGCCCGUGCCUCAAUACUUGCGGGAGCGGCUGCCGCCUCAUUUAAGACCGCCGAAGAUGAAGCAUACGGGCCGGUUUACACGCCCUGGGCUGAGGGCCGUGACGAAGCAUACCGACCUCAGCAAACUGACGCAGCGAGGGGAGAUUUAAUCUAUGUUUG